AUGAAAGAUUCAUUGAUUCAAUUAAUCGAUUUACCAGACGAAAUAUUAAUGCUUAUUUUUAAGACAUUGAAUAAUGUUGAUCUACUUGAUUCUUUAAUGGACAUUAAUAUAAAACUUACUCAAUUUGUACGUGAUCCAAUCUUUACUAAUCGUUUGACAUUAUUUAGAUGUUCAUCAAAUGAUUUUAUCUAUCCAUUAGAUAAUACAAUACUUGAUCGAUUUUGUUUACAAAUUCUACCUGAAAUUGAUCAUAAAAUCAAAUGGCUUAACCUUGAAUCAUCAUCUAUUGAACGUAUUCUACUUGUUACUGAUUAUUCUAAUUUACAUGGACUUGGUUUGUAUAAUAUUAAAGAAGAGACAUUUCGACAUUUAUUUGCUGAUGAAAGUAUUUUAACUGAUAUCUAUAAAAAACAAAUUUCAAAAUUAACUAUUGCAAUGGCUACCAAUAAUACAAGAUCAUUUAAAGAUGAAAUAAGAACUGUAUAUACACAUAUAUUUACUAUUUUUAUAAAUUUGCAAUAUUUAAAUUAUCUUUCACAUUCAAAUGAUUAUAUGCAUUACUUAUCGUUCGAUGGAAAACCUCCAAAUAUAUUUUCUUCAAUAUUAACAGAAUUACAUAUUAAUUUGGCAAAUUUUGACGAUUGUCUCUAUAUACUUGAUGGAUGUUUCAUUCAACUUCGUAAAUUCUAUGUUAAUG